ACCAAGUGGUCACGUGACAGACACAAGGACCAGGCCGGCUCGGUGAUCUGAGUGCUCAGCACCCAGUGCCACUCUUCUUACUCUUCCGACAGAUGCCACGUGCCAUGCGUGUCGUACCCUCUGCCACCCUCGCCCUCGCCCUCACUCUCGUCGUCGCCCUCGCUCUCGCUGUGGCAUCCCCAACCGCUGCUGCACGCCCGUCAACUCCGCCGGUGCUCCCGCCGACGUACUCCGUCGAGAUGCAUGAGUACCUGCACACCGCGGUGCCAGACAAAGAGUACCGUUGGAACAUCUCGUACGCCAUCUCGUACGAGCUCGGCUCGGCCCGGCAGAUCCACUCGGCCGGACAGUACGACGAGAUCUGCUCGUCCAUCCCCGGUCACGAGCACACCGGCGAGCGAUGCGAGGUCAUCAUCAACACCGACUACCGCUACGUUUACUUGCCGGACUCGGACAUUUGCUGCCAGUGCUGCACCUCUGGCGCACCGCAGUACUGCGGCGUCGUCAAGCCCGACUGGGCCGCCAACGGCACCUAUAUCGGCGAGGUGCCCAUCGACACCGGCGGGCCCUCGCCGACCACAUGCUACCAGUACGAUGUCCAGGGACAUUACGUCAACCACUUUUACGUCACCCCCGAGCUCGCGCCCGACGGCUACGUCACGCCGUGUGAGUUUUGGGAGGCCAAGCCCGGCCACGUCCUCCGCAAGCAGUUUGUCUACCAGCUCGCCACCUACUCUACCGCACCCAUCCCUGCCUCGCACUUUGACCUCCCGGACGUGCCCGGCGGCUGCGAUCAGCAGUGCCCCGGCAUCUGCGAGCAUGCCGCGUAAAGCCGCCAUCCAACCA